ACUCUUUCCUUCUUCUUUUCUCAAAAUAACAAAAAUAAACAAAAAUCGUCACUGGAAACAUCGUUGAAUGUAAACGCUGACUUACAUCCUACCCUAAUUAUCAUUUCUUUGAAUUGUCUCAGUUUUUGUACGUUUUCGUUAUAAAAAAUUUAAUUAAAACGCAAACAUUCUUUACAAAAAUUUUCACAUUGAAUUUUUGCACUCUCCAUUGUUAUUUUCCUUUUAAUCAACGGUGUUUUUCAACACGACAAGAAAGCGUUUUUCUUAUGACGCUUUCUUGUCUUGUCGCUUUGAGGUCGGUGUGGGUAAGCCUUUAGGGCUAGACACUUAAGAAUUUUAACGCGAGAUUUUUUCGAUAUUGUGAGGUUCACAGAUUUAACCCGCGACUCAUUUUUAUACCUAGACGUUUCAUGCGAGACGUUUUUCGAUUUACAUAAUAGUAAAAGAAUAAGAAAUAUCGAAAAGAUGAAAAAACAAAUUGGCCUUGUCAGUCGCGGGUAAAAUCAGUGCGACUCACAAUAUCGAAAAAAGUCUCGCGUUAAGUAUUUAGUGUAAAAGAGAAUAUAUAAUGUUAGGUCUGUUUAAGUACUAAACAAACAACAAAUUUCAGCCCACAGUAAAAGCAGAAUAUCUACUCAAACAGAAAAUCUACCUCCAAAAGACAGCGGGUAAUAAUAAAUAUCCUGAGAAAAAUUGUUUCAUGUGUAGACGGGGUGUAAUGCAAAAAAACCGCGUUUUAUUUGAUCACAUUGAAAGCGUUGCUUUGCGUUGCAUUUAUGUUCGCUAUAUCAGUGUUACCUCUGUUAAGAAAAAAGUGUUAAAAUCAAACAGAAACUUAACAUUCGUGGAAAUAAUGAAUUAUUGAAUCCAAGUAAUUGUUUAAGUGACAAAAUGUUGCUAAGUAAACGGUAUUUAAAAAAAAAAAAACAAUUCAUUUCGAUAAAACAUGUUCGUAAGUAUAAUGUUUGUUCGAAGUCCACUUUAAAUUAUAGAUAUAACUUCAUUGGCCACUUUUUGCAAAAAGUGCAAAAGUAAAAAUAUUUUUCUCUUACUAGCUCCACCCACCGUUUUUUCGCGUGCAAAAAGUGCAUAAAUUGCUUUAAAACUUAAAAUGAAAGGUUUUCAACACAUUUUUUAAGUUUUAAUAAGUUUCAUUAAAAUAAAUAUACAUAUAUUAAUUCCAAAGGUAUAUUUUAAGAAAAGUUUCAUUACAUUUUAAAAAUUUCUACACGGCAACACUUUUUUUCAAACUCAUCGGUCAUCGCAUCAAUUCUAUCGCACAUGCGCAGUAGGUGUGUGUGUCGAACGAAAACGGUAAAAUUGUUGCGUUGAGUUUUCAGUCUGGCUGGUUCUUGGAUAAAGUAAGGAAGCAAAAGCAAGUUAGUUCGUGUUGGAUACAUUUUGAUAUAAAGGUGCCAAAGAUCAAUUUUAAAUCGAAGUCCACAUUAAAUUAAAUAUAUAUUAAUUCCAAAGGCUGGCUCUGGGAUAAAUUAAGGAAGCAAAAGCAAAUAACUUUGUAUUGGAUACAUUUUGAUUGUUGAGAAAAUGAUUCUUUUCAUUACUGCUGUAUAUAAAGGGUUAUCAUCAAUAAUAAAAGUCCAAGGACAAUCUAGUUUAUUAACAUACUUAGAGUUGGCCAAAGCUGUCAAAGAUCAAUUUAAAAUCAUCGGAAAUAUUAAAUUUUACGAUGCAAAAGCUAACGUUUUUAUUUGUGAUGAGGACGUAGUUGAGUAUGCAAUCCAGUUUAAAUCUUCUCCAAGCUGGACCUUAGGAGUGCUAGACGAUGGCGUUCUUGAAAUUCCAGGUUCCCAAGGAAGUUCCCUAUCAAUACGUGACAGUGAUACUACUGUAGCAAAUUCAUCUUCUAUAAGUGACAUUAGUGUAACACCAUCGCCACCACCGAAACAUCCUUCAGAAAUAAUACUUCAAGAAUAAGUGA